AUGAUGGUCGCCUGGUUUCCAGACAAUCAGGCAUACGCGCUCAGUUUCCAGACAGCAGAGGUGCUCUUGAGGGCGCUGGCAGUGGGGGUGGUGGGAGCAGAGGCAGCAGAUGACGACAAAGCAGCAGUGGUUAUCGGAGGGAUGAAUCUCAGCCAUCAGACAGCAGAGGUGCUGGUGAGGGCAGUGGCAGUGGGGGUGGUGGGAGCAGAGGCGGCAGAUGAUGAUGGCGAAGCAGCAGAGGUCGCCUGGUUCCCUAAACACAAAGCAUACGCUCUCAGCCACCAAACCGCGGAGGACCUAGUGAGGGCGCUGGCAGUGGGGGUGGUGGGAGCAGAGGCAGCAGAUGACGACGAAGCAGCAGAGGUCAUCGGGGGGGUGAAGCUUCCGUCCCGCCGCCCGGCUCUCGUCAAUGAGACCUGCCUUUAUCUCUCCGAACCAGCUUCCGAACCUCUUUCCGAAGCAGCAAGCUCAGAGGCAGAUGGAAGUUGGGGGGAUCGGAGGGUGCGUGUGUUCCAUGUGCUGGAAUCCAAGGGGAUGAUUGACACGCUGGGAGUGUUUGUGGAGGAGAGGGAGGGAGCGGGUGAAGAUGGUCCAUCCGAGAACCCAGGGGUAACGGCAGCCCAUGCGAGAGAGCUUCUGGAGGCGAAACCAGACGCUCCCACUGCCCCAGUUCCCCCCUCCCGCCUCGCUUUACUGCUGGGAGAGUGGGACGGCACCUCCACCACCCACCGGUCAGCCAUCUAUGGGGAGACAGUCACCCACUCCACCUCCAACUUCUUCCUCACCCGCUUCAGUGAUGGGAGCCUGGGUCUGGAGGAGACGCGGGGAGACCUCUGCUUCAGGCGGAGGGGAGCCGUUACCAACCACUCAGAGGAAUCUCCCGAAGCUCCAACCACUUCUUCCGAAGCUGCAGGCUCGGAAGAUCAGGUUGGGCAGGAGCAGCAGCGGGAAGUGGGCGGGCGCAUUGUGCUAGACGGAGGGCAGCAGAUCACGCUCCUUCCCGGCGGCCUUGCUCUCUCCGCGCCCUGCUGUGUGCCCCGCGGCCGCGCCUUCUUCUUUGAAACCAUCCUGGUGGAACCGGGGGAGGGACAAGGGGCGGGGGUGGGGUUUGGGGAGGAGAGGCCUGGAGGAGAAGGGGCAGGAGUUGCUGUGCCAGGAGCACAAGGGUGGCGGCGGCGGCGAGUGGUUCGGACGUACGAUCCGGAUGGUUUUGUUGUGUCCAGCUCAGUGUUUAGAGAGAAGAAGCUGGGGUGA